AUGCUCAGAGUUCCCGCCAGUUUUUUAAACCUUAAAGUAUCCCAAUCUUCACUCUCAUUUGCUGUUUCAGGUUCUAACUUCCACAACAACCUCACAAAGCUCUCCAAAUGCUUCCUGGGUUUGAUGUGUUACACCAAAUUAACUGCCCCAUCUUACAAGUCACUGCUCUCGGAUCACCUUAAAAACCAUAGACUAGAUGAAGCUAUCCUAGUUUUCAAGACAAUCCCUUUGCCUGGUGUCGAUAUGUACACCAAAAUGAUAACCGGUUAUGCGCGACGGCGUAGGCUUGAUGAUGCCCUGAGGCUUUACGAAAUGCAUGAGAGCGAUCUGGUGUCUUGGAAUGCGAUGAUCAAAGGGUGUUUGGAUUGUGGGGAUUUGAGUAAGGCUAAGGAGCUGUUUGAUGGGAUGCCGGGGAAGAGUGUUGUGUCGUGGACGACGAUGAUGAAUGGGUACUUGCAGUUCGGAGCUUUCGAGAUGGCAGAGAGCUUGUUUAAGGGAAUGCCUUCGAGAGAUGCGGCUGCGUGGAACUCGAUGAUUCAUGGAUGUGUUUGCCAUGGAAGGGUGGAAGGUGCUAAGAAGUUGUUUGAGGUGAUGCCUGGGAAGAAUGCUAUAUCGUGGACUUCGAUGGUUGCUGGGCUUGACCAGAAUGGGAGGAGUGAGGAAGCUUUGGUAAUUUUCGGAGAGAUGGUGGCUUCUGGUGUACAACCCAGUUUGACAACAUUUGGGUGUGUGGUGACAGCUUGUGCAAAUUUGGGGAGUUUAGAGCAGGCCGGUGUUCAGGUUCAUGGUCAGAUUGUCAAGUUAGGGGACUGCUUUGAUGAGUUCCUAGCUGCUUCACUUAUAACACUUUAUGAAAACUGCAAGCAAAUAGAGAAUUCCCACAAGGUUUUCAAGCCAGAUUUGUUAGUCGGAAAUUGA